CACUCAGCUUCAUUCGCAGUGUCAGAAGACUCAAGGGUACUGGGAAGUCCAGGAGACCCGAGUGACUGAAGGAUGGUGCUGGUGGCCUUGCUUGGACUCAGCUGGUUGUGUUCACCCCUGGGAGCUCUGGUCCUGGAUUUCAACAACAUCAAGAGCUCUGCGGAUGUGCAAGGUGCUGGGAAGGGCUCACAGUGUGCAUCAGACAAGGACUGUAAUGUAGGAAAAUUCUGCUUCAUGCUGCAUGAUGACAAGUCAUAUUGUGCCACGUGCCGCAGAGUUCGAAGGAGGUGCCAGAGGAGUGCCAUGUGCUGCCCAGGGACGGUCUGUGUGAAUGAUGUUUGCACUGCCGUGGAAGACACAAGACCAGCAAUGGACAGAAACACUGAUGGCCAAGAUGGCCCCUAUGCAGAAGGAACCACCAAAUGGCCCACGGAGGAAAACAGAGCUCAGGGGAAGCCCAGCAUUGUCAAGAAAUCACAAAGCAGUAAGGGACAGGAGGGAGAAAGCUGUCUGAGAACUUCUGACUGCGGCCCUGGACUUUGCUGUGCUCGACAUUUUUGGACAAAAAUUUGCAAGCCAGUUCUACUAGAGGGACAAGUCUGCUCCAGGAGAGGGCAGAAAGACACUGCCCAAGCCCCAGAAAUCUUCCAGCGCUGUGACUGUGGUCCUGGACUGUUGUGUCGAAGUCAGAUGACAGGUAGCCGCCAACAGACAAGGCUAAGAGUAUGCCAAAGAAUAUGAGUUGUAAGCACAAUUGUAAAUAUGGGACUCAUUGUGUUCACACAGCCAGGCACUAAUUUUAUUAUUAUUAUUGUUAUUUUGUUUUUUGAGACAGGGCUUCACUGUGUAGCCCUGGCUAGGCUGGAACUUGCUGACGACCUGGCUGGCUUUGAACUCAGAGAUCUGCCUGCCUCUGCCUUUUGAGUACUUUUUGGGGUAGAGGGAGGACUUCUCAGACAGGGUCGGAGUCCAGGCUGGCCUAAAACUUAUGAUCCUUUUACACUCCAGGCUUGGGAUUACAGACAAGCAUCACUAUACCCAGUAUAUAUAAAUAGCCAAAUCUAGCAACUGAAAUACACAGCAACCUAUGUACUAUGAGAUGCUGCACUGGGAAUUACUUUUGGUUUUUUUUUGUCUCCAGUCUAGAAUAUUUACAAGAUUCUACAAUAAAACAACUCUGAUAUAGUCACUCAUUCUGCUCAAAUAAAUCUUUUUUGAAAACUGA